GCUUGCGCGCGUUUGCACUUUAAUAUAUUAUAAGUAAAAUACUCUUAGACUCUUAGUAGGCGGCUUUUGGUUUUCCAGCAAAAGAGGAGUAAUUUCGCAGUAACCGUUGAUAGAUGACUAGUAUAAGGAAUUAGAAAAACAUUAGCUAGUCAAACCACUUAACUUGCACGAAAGAAGGUUGACUUUUGAGUUUUGAAUCUAUUAAAGAUGAAGAUGAGCAGGAUUCUGGUAUUAUCAUCGAUCGAGCAGCUAGUUCCCUUAAUUCAAUUUGGUUUUAAAUAAUCUCAUUGCUCCAAUUCCUGCUAGCCGGAUUCUAUUUCUGUCAUAUUAUAUCUUGUAGCAAGCCUUUUGAGAAAGUUAAUUAGAUACAAAGAACAGCCAUGGCAAUCAAGGGUAUAAGAAGUAGCUCAAGUCAUAUUUCAGUUGUUAUAGAAGAUAAAGAUGUUGAAGCACUGCAAGACAGGAUGAUGGAAAACCUUUGCCGCGAUUUACCAUUCUCUGACAUAUGUUGCAUCUUCAGAGUUCCCGAAGUUCUCCGGAGACAUAACCCGAAGGCAUACACACCUGAUGUUGUCUCAAUAGGACCCUUUCAUCGUGGCGGUGAAUCAUUUCAACGCAUGGAAAUCGUGAAGCAAUGGUAUUUACAUAACCUUCUCUCACGCAAGAAUAUAAGUUUGAAACAUUUGAUUGAAGCCAUUUUUAGGGAUGAGAAUCGUGCCCGUGAUUUUUAUUCUGAACCACUUGAUCAUCUUAACCAGAGCAGCUUCGUAGAAAUGAUGAUAAUAGAUGGUUGCUUCCUGCUAGAACUAUUUAGGAAGUUUAGGGAUAAGGAUCAUGGGCAAAUUAAAUUUAGCGACCCCAUAUUCAACAUGGAUUGCAUGUUUCAAUAUAUAUGCCAUGACCUUUUGCUACUAGAAAAUCAGAUUCCUUGGUUUGUCCUAAACUGUUUAUAUACCCUUACCUUAGACCCCAGGGAUGACCCCUCCCUCAGAAAACUAAUGCUCACUGUCUUCAGCUCACAUCAUCAACUGGCACAUAAUUGUCGUUCAUAUCUGCACCAUCUAAAUAAUAAUGUCCAUGAUGUAGAUGACGAUGAUAGCAAAAUCUUGCACAUACUUGAUUUGAUAAGAACUUCGAUAGUCUUCCCAUUUAAAGAUCAGUCUCAACAAAAAAAAGAUCAGUUUGAUCUAUCAUUCUAUCAUGACUCGGAGAAAGAAUUGAUGCAUCCUGCGCUUGCUCUCUCAGAGUCCGGUAUUAAAUUCCGAAGGGCAUCCUCCGCUGAUGCUAAAAGCAUAAUGAACAUUGAAUUCAAGAAUGGGACUUUGGAAAUUCCUCAACUAGCAAUUGGAGAGUUGACGGAUUCAUUGUUCAGAAAUAUCAUUGCCUUUGAGCAAUGCUGUCCUGGUCAAUCGCACAAGAUAACAUCCUAUGCCGUUUUAAUGGACAACCUCAUCAGUUCCAGCAAGGACAUGGAGUUUCUUUGUGAGAAAAAAAUAAUUGAUAACUGGCUCAGCGAUGAGGAUGCUUCAAAGUUCUUCGUCAAGCUUUACUAUGACACCGAGCUCAAUCAGUUCUACUAUGCUGGACUCUGCAGUAAACUCAAUAAACAUUAUGAUCACAAGUGGAAUAUGUGGCAAGAAAAGUUCAAACGCACCUACUGUUCUGAUCCAUGGAAAUUUAUCUCAUUGACUGUAGCCAUAAUUUUUUCGGUUCUCACUCUGGUGGAGAUCAUAUAUACCAUUCUGGAAUACUAUUAAUCACCACCAUCAAUGGUUCUUGUAUUUCUUC